AUGAGAGAUCUCUGACGAUCCGUGCCCCGUCAAUGUGUUCCUGUCGCUUGUCGCACGAGGGCGUUUUUGUUGUCUGUGAUCGAUGUAAGGAUUUGUAAAUUGUGUACCAUGUUGAUUUAUUCGACAUUGUGAGGUGUCUGGAUUAGAUGCACGUUGCAUUCUAUCGCCAUGACUCUAGCUUUCUCGCGUUGGUGGGUUUGUUUCCCCAUUAUCAUGGCCGUCUCACUGGCGCUGGUGGGGCGCUGCGCCUCUCUUGAUGACGGGAAGAUGAUGGUGGCCGACGCUGAGGACUUUAAGAAGUUUGUAUACAAGAACGGCACCGUGAAGCGCAGAACUGAUCUGGAGACUGAACAAGCACAAGAUAUCCCAAAAUUUCGAGGCUGUUCCGGAGACGGCCUCCAGCAGUGCAAGGACCGCCGGUGGUGCUACACGAAGCAACAGAGAUGCGACGGAUCAGUUCACUGUCCGGAUGCCUCUGACGAGAGAGGGUGUCCGUGUCGCUCACGUGUGGCGAAGGAGAGGCACUGUGAUGGCAUCGUCGACUGCCCCGACUUCACCGACGAGCUGGGAUGCUUCGGGUGCAUGGCGGGCCAGCUGUGGUGUAGAGAUGUUAAAGGCAGACCUUUGUGUGUGGAAAAGUCUCAACUGUGCGACGGUCGGCUCGUCUGCGACACCGGCCAGGACGAGGCCUUCUGCAGAAGACUCUCCCUCCAGCAGGUAGAUUCCUCGGUGGUGCCGAGUUUCCGUAAGGAAGGGUACCUGCAGGUGAAGAGAGGCGGGCAGUGGCUGCCCUUCUGCAGCAGCCUUAAGCAGAACCUGACGGCGGUAGUGAGCAGCUUCUGUGAAGAACUCGUCGGCGAGAGAGUCGGCGAGGACACGUACAGAUUGACGGCUCUCAGCCCCACAGUGAUACCUGAAGAGAUUGCUUGGACCCGCCUGAACGAGACGACGGGAGAGAUCUACCUGUCCAAGGGCUGCCCCUCCAAGCUCGGGGUGUACGUCUCCUGCAGCGACCCUCAGUGUGUGAGCAGCUUCCCCAGCAGGGGGCGCCGGGAGGCAGGGAAGAGCCUGGAGAAAAGCUGGAAUAGAAAGCUCGCUCAGGGCUUGAGAGACGACGGUCGGGUGAGGAUCGUGGGCGGAGAAGAUUCUGCUGCGGACGUGUGGACUUUCCUGGUGAGCCUGGUGAGGAAGGGACGCCACGGCUGUGGUGGGACCAUCAUCUCGGCAGAUUGGAUACUUACUGCCGCGCACUGCUGCUUGGGGUCACUGAAAUCGUUGACGGACAUUCACGUUGGUAUGUUGCGUACAAAUUCCUUCUCUCCGUUCGAGCAGACGUCGAUUAUAUCACACGUCUUCCUUCACGAUCAAUACGACUCUAAACACAUCACAAACGACUUGGCCCUCAUCAAACUGAAGACUCCCCUUCAGCUCAACAGGUGGGUGCGGCCCGUGUGCCUGGAGACACGGUCAGAUCUGCGUCCCGGAGACCUGUGCUACGUGGCGGGGUGGGGCUUCUUGACGGAGAACGGCACAGACAUGCCCGACCACCUGCAGCAAGUGUCGGUGCCCAUCAUGAAGACCUGCAGGAAACACUUCACCGCCAUUAACGACCAGGAGGUGAUCUGCGCUGGCUACAAGGAGGGCAAGAGGGACGCUUGCCAGGGAGACUCCGGUGGACCACUCUUUUGUAAAAGGCCCGGUGGGUGGAGGCAGGCGGGCGUCGUGUCCUUCGGGAUGGGGUGCGCCCGGCGCGACAGCCCGGGAGUCUACACCAGGGUCUCUCACUACCUUCCCUGGAUACAGAAGAAGAUGGGAACGAUGGAGUCGCCUUUCUUGGUUGGCCCUCUGCCCUGUAAAGGCAUCAGGUGUAAGCUGAGUUACGGGUCGUGCGCCCCUCUUGCUGCCAUCUGCAACGGUAAGGAGGAAUGUCUUGACGGAGAAGACGAGAUGAACUGUCCCCAGUAUUACCAAGUCCACUCCACCUCGUCCACCGCCCACACUCUGGGGAGUAACACGAUCGGGAUCUCUCAUGGUACAAACAAAAUGCACGUAGUGUCCAUAGGUGCUAAAAUACCUAGUGUCGUCUACACGGACGGUACGGACACUACAACCAGUUUGUCCACGGACACUACUGCCACUUUCUCUACUGACGGUACGGACACUACUACCAGUUUGUCUACGGAUGGUACGGAAACUGCCAGUUUGUCUACGGAUGGUACGGAAACUGCCAGUUUGUCUAUGGAAACUACCGCCAGUUCCUCUGCAGAGGCUACAAAAGCGGUUCAGCAUUCAUUUUCUAAUGCCUCGACACUGUUACCUUCUAUUGACCAACGAGAGUCGGGAACACAAAGUGCUCUAAAGGUAAACACUUCACAAGAACACAAAUUGUUUACAAACCUUACGACGACUCGGCCUGCUGGUAACAAGAUUAGCACCUCGCAGCAGCUACCUUCGACGGCGACGACUGCCGCCUUUUCCACCUCGUCAGGGUUGGUAAAUGGCAGCUUGGGUGGCCACCUGUGCAAGUACCCCGACAUGUCUUCAGCCUCCAUCACCAGGGAUAUAAACUGCUCGAGGACAGAAUUUGUUUGCUCGGUAGUGCCUCAGUGCCUGGCUUGGGAGGCCGUGUGCGAUGGGGUGCGGCACUGCAAGGACGGCACUGACGAGAUCGGCUGCACCUGCCUCGACAGACUGCUGAAGUUCCGUGAAGACCUCGACUGUGACGGCCACUUCGACUGCUUCGACCUGAGCGACGAGACCUGCAACCCGUGUGGGAAUGAUUUCCUUUGUGCGAGGAGCAGAGCAUGCGUCCCCUACGAGAAGGUAUGCAACAUCAUAACUGACUGCGUGUACGGCGAGGAUGAACUGGACUGCAUCGGGUUGGUCGAGGUGGCUGGCUCGCUGGAGACUGACAAGUUCGGCCGUCUGGUGGAGAGGUCCCAGGGCACGCUGGUGUUACGGUCGGGAGCCUCCUGGUCUGCCGUGUGCAUCGACCACCUGACGGAAGAUAUGGGCAUAAGCGCCUGCUCCUACCUCGGCUACAAUAAACUGGCCAACGUGAGUUACAUUCAGGCGGAGAGCAACAUCAGACAACUAAGGCCCCGCGAGCUUCUCUCCGUCAAGCACCCCCACAGAAACGUCACUAACUUCUCCCAGCGUUCUGAAGGAAAGGUGAAACACAGACGGUCCGUCGAGGGACGGCGCGGCACGAGCAGCGUCGAGAGGCUGGUACACAACGACACCUGGAUCCCAGAAGACUACGUCCCGAGUCUGAAGUUUCUACAGGAGUUAGGACAUGUGUCCCAGAGAGGAAGAACUAGGCGCGCAAUCUGUACCCAGGCGGUGGUGAGCUGCGAGAGGGAGUCAUGCGGGAAGGCUCCUCUGUACUACUUCAGCAAGGAUACCCCCGUGGGGAUGGCUGGUGGCCUCCCCUGGGCUGGUACUGUGUACGUCGACGGCAGCCACAGGUGCGGUGCCACGCUCAUCAGACCUCACUGGGUCGUCACCUCCGACACCUGCAUGAAGGGAGUCAGCUUGCAGCGGUCGAUGGUGUCGAUGGUGAUGGGGUCACGGCGUCUGGUCGGGUCGCCCACACGGCUCUGGGGCGCCCACGAACACGACCGUCGGGUGACGUACAUGAAGGCGGUGGCCAACACUGACAUCCUCUUGUUGCGACUUGAAGACAGAAUGCCCAAGACUCCCUACAUCGCCCACCUGUGUCUCCCGACCAAGAACGUGGAGCAGGUGGAGAGUGGCCGGCGGUGUGCGAUGGGCGGGCUCCACGAGGCAGAGGGCAGCAUGAGCGGAGUGCUCUUGCAACUGGAUAAAAAUUGUCCUGACGACCACUUGUGUGUCCUGCGCAGCACGACCGACCAUCCCUGCAUGAGGUCGUGGGCGGGGAUCGUGGCCUGUCAGUACACCCAAGGACUCAACCCGACGUGGGUGGGGGUGGGCGUGUGGGCGUACAGACACCCAGAGGAGAACUGCACCAGCGUCGCCCAACACCCGCUCUUCACCGUCGACGUCCUCCUUGGUGUUAACGCAGUCAUCGAGGGCUACACACCCGAGGCUCUGAUGGAGUGCGAGGGGACGAGGUGCGCGACGGCCGUGUGUGUGAGCAAGGAGAAGGUUUGCGACGCAGACCUCAGUUGCCCCGACCAGCGAGACGAGCCCGCAAACUGUCCCAACCUCGUCACUGUGUGUCGCCCUAACUCCAAGACUGGCAUGUGUGAGUGUCCAGAGGGCGGAGCUCCGUGCCGGGACGGGAUGUGUGUCCCGCUCAAGAAGAUCUGCGACGGCGUCCCAGACUGUCCCGACGCCGUCGACGAGACCAACUGUGUGUGUUGCCGCUACCUGUCUGGGAACUCUCCGGAGAAGGUGUGUGAUGGCCGGCUGGACUGUAGCGACCAGAGUGACGAGGCUUACUGCGGCUGUCAGCCCUCCAGCCAGUGGUUCAGGUGCCACUUUUCUGAGGAGCAAGAGUGUGUGGCGAGGAGGAAGGUGUGUGAUGGAGUGAGGGACUGUCCCUCGGGCGAGGACGAGCAGCACUGUGUGGCCCUCGCCCCUGCCGUCCACGUGCAAGAGAACGUCCUCGGAGUUCCAGAGAGCAGCCCCCGAGGUUACCUGUUGGUGCGGCUGUCGGGGAUGUGGUACACUUACCUGUACUCGAGGUGGAAGCCCUACCUGUCUCACCUGGUCUGCCUCCAGCUGGGGUACUACAAGGCCAGCAGUACGGACCCUCGCAGUCUUGACAUUAACGUGGUGAGCAAGGCGGCCAGGUCGCUGGAUGUUAGUAGGGGAGACUACAGAGAUCUCUUCAAUCCCUUGAACUACAGCCUGAGAAGAACUGUUAAUAAUACUGUCGUCUAUAUAAUGUGUUCAGAGAAAGACCCAAAAAGUAAACAGUCCCCCCAAAAAAACUGAAUAUUUGUAUUUUAGGGUAUAAUUCGCAACGUUAUAGUCCCAUAAACAAUGUAGUGUGCGGAUGUUCACCUCCUAAUUGUUUGUGUGCUACUUGCGAAAGAUAAUGACACGAUUUAGUUUAAAUGCUUUAAUAUAUGUAAUAUAUUUAGGUAUUGCUAAUGAUCUAAUGGGUCACACUAGGCUAAAACGUGGAAAUGUUAUAUCGGGUUCGUGUGAAUGAGUUUUUAUUUGAAAGUUCCUUAAAUUGGCUAAAUUCGUCUCUCCCGUUUCCUCAUUUGACUUUAAUUUUUAGCUUAUAUUGAUGAAACUAAAUGUAAAUAGUAAAUUUUAUAAUUAUCUUUUGAGGCAAUGCUUAUACUCUACCCAUACAUGUUCUUUAUACAUCUUAAUUUAAUUGUAGGUUCGGUGCAUUUAAUUUUCUUUCCAGUUUUACAUAUACUUUACCAAGAUAAAAGCUACAAAUCUGUAUAUAGUGUAUUUAGUUAAUUUAGUUUUAUAUUUGAAUUGUUUUUAAGUUUUAAAUUAAAAGUUUAUACAGGCUG